GGAGAGCCUUAAGAGCUCCUCUAUUCAACCGGUUGGUCUGGUCCGGUAUAAUCCGGUCCAGUUAACAAAUCACUGCAAAAAGGCGCAAACACGCUUACUAGGCUCAAGACUCGUUGACCUACCUACAGAUUCGAAGUGCAUUUUUUUGGUCUGUUCUAAUCGACACUAAGAAGCAGAGAAAAUGAGAAAGCUUUACUUUCUCGUCUUGUUUCUAUCGAGUAUUUUAUCCAUUCAUCAUUUGGUUGAUGCUUCUUUGCAUGUGAAGUAUCUUCCUGGUUUUGAUGGUCCUCUUCCUUUUCAGCUCGAGACUGGAUAUGUGAGUGUUGGUGAAUCUGAAGAUGUUGAGCUCUUUUACUACUUUGUGAAAUCUGAGAGAAAUCCAAAAACAGAUCCUCUCAUGAUUUGGCUCACUGGUGGGCCUGGAUGCAGCUCUAUUUGUGGAUUCCUCUUUGCAAACGGUCCUUUAGUUUUUAAAGGGGAUGAGUAUAAUGGGACAGUGCCUCCUUUAGAGCUAGCAUCUUUUUCAUGGACAAAGGUGGCUAACAUUUUAUACUUGGAAUCUCCUGCUGGCUCUGGAUAUUCUUUUGCGAGAAACCUGCGUGCUUCUGAGUCGAGUGACACUAAACAAACUCACCAAAUUGAUCAAUUCCUUAGGAGUUGGUUUGUUGAUCACCCGGAGUUCACAUCGAAUCCAGUUUACGUCGGUGGAGAUUCAUAUUCCGGUAUAAUCGUUCCAGGACUUGCGCAACAGAUUUCAUUUGGAAAUGAGAAAGGUCUCACCCCACUCAUUAAUAUUCAGGGAUAUGUUCUUGGAAACCCUGUGACGUAUCCAAGCAUUGAAUCUUAUCAUCAAGUUUCAUUUGCUCAUCGGAUGGGACUUAUUUCAGAUGAGCUCUUUGAGUCACUUGUAAGAAAUUGUGGAGGCAAAGUGUUUGACGUAGACCCGAGUAAUGCAAAAUGCUCAGAUGAUCUUCAAAGUUAUGGUCAGUGUAUCUCUAAGAUAUACGUAGCGCAGAUUUUGUUACCAAACUGCAAAGUUGAUCACGUCUUCCAAAGCAAGAUACCGACCUUGCCAAACAUCAUAAAUGGUAGAAGACGAGAACUGAAGGAGUUUUCAGGAAAUGAAUAUUCAUCAUCAUUGCCACCUCCUAGCUGCUUUACUUAUAAGUAUUUUCUGUCUGGGUUUUGGGCAAACGAUGAAAACGUACGCAGAGCUCUAGGCGUGAAGAAGGAAUUUGGAAAAUGGAGUCGAUGCAACACCGAAAACAUACCAUAUACAUAUGAUAUUCACAAUGCCAUUCCGUAUCACGUGAAUAAUAGUCUUAAGGGCUUCCGCUCUCUCCUCUACAGCGGUGAUCAUGAUAUGGUGAUACCAUUUUCUUCAACUGAAGCAUGGAUCAGAACUCUCAACUAUUCCAUUGUUGAUGAUUGGAGACCUUGGAUGAUGAGUACCAAUCAAGUCGCUGGAUAUACAAGGACUUACGCGAAUAAGAUGACAUUUGCAACCAUCAAGGGAGGAGGACAUUCUGCGGAGUAUAAUCCAGAGCAAUCCUCACUUUUGUUCAAAAGAUGGAUUGAUGGAGAACCUCUCUGAAAAAUGAAAAUUGUCACUCACUUGUCUCUCCAAUAACUCUGCCACGUGAUUACGUCCCUCUCAAUCCAUAUCUUUGGAGAUGUCCCUUGGUCACUUGUGUUGCUUUCAGUUUAAUCCAUAUAUAAAAAAUCUCGAUGUGAUGCCUAAAUCUUGUUGU